GGUGUUAGUAUAAACAACAAACUGGAUUGAGGCUGUUCCUCCUGUGCUAGGGAAGAUGGGAUGCUUCUAUUAUUAUUGUUCUUGACGUAGCCGAGAGAACGAGAGGGAGAGAGAGAGAGAGAAAGGGAGAGAGAGUGUGUGAUUUAAUUGAAUUUCUACUUCUCUUCGGAGAAAGGGAGAGAGUAUGGAGCCGGAAUCUGGAACUUCCUCCCGAAACCCUUCCCAGCUUUCAUGGGUGAAUCUCUCCAGAAAUCUAGUAUUAGCUUACCAAAGCUUUGGUGUGGUAUAUGGAGACCUGAGCACUUCACCACUUUAUGUUUAUAAGAGCACAUUUAUAGGGAAGUUGCAAAAUCAUCAAAAUGAGGAAGCAAUAUUUGGCGCAUUUUCCUUGAUCUUUUGGACCCUUACAUUGGUACCUUUGCUCAAGUAUGUUUUCAUCCUGUUGAGUGCAGAUGAUAAUGGUGAAGGUGGGACAUUUGCUCUUUACUCGCUGCUUUGUAGGCAUGCCAGGUUUAGUUUACUUCCCAAUCAACAAGCCGCUGAUGAGGAGCUCUCUGCCUACAAAUAUGGUCCUUCAACACAGGCCGUGGGAUCUUCUCCAUUAAAGAGAUUUCUUGAGAAGCACAAAAGGCUGCGAACUGCUUUACUUCUUGUUGUAUUAUUUGGUGCUUGCAUGGUCAUAGGUGACGGAGUGCUUACUCCUGCAAUUUCAGUUCUAUCAUCAGUAUCUGGCUUGCAAGUUACAGAAAAUAAAUUAACUGAUGGUGAAGUCCUCUUGCUUGCCUGUGUCAUAUUGGUGGGAUUGUUUGCUCUGCAGCAUUUUGGUACCCACAGGGUAGCUUUUAUAUUUGCACCGGUAGUUAUCAUCUGGUUGCUAUCAAUUUUUUGCAUUGGGCUCUACAACACUAUACGUUGGAACCCAAAAAUUGUGCGCGCAUUUUCCCCACUUUUUAUCAUCAAGUUCUUUAGAGAGACUGGUAAAGAGGGCUGGAUUUCCCUGGGAGGGAUCCUCCUUUCUAUCACAGGUACUGAAGCUAUGUUUGCUGAUCUUGGUCAUUUCGCUGCCUUUUCGAUAAGGCUUGCAUUUGCAUUUGUUGUAUACCCCUGUUUGGUAGUACAGUAUAUGGGUCAGGCUGCUUUCCUGUCUAAGAACAUCCCCUCCAUUAGUUCCAGCUUCUAUGACUCAAUACCUGACACUGUUUUUUGGCCUGUCUUCAUUAUUGCCACACUCGCAGCUAUUGUUGGCAGUCAGGCCGUUAUCACUGCUACCUUCUCCAUAAUUAAACAAUGCCAUGCACUUGGUUGCUUUCCACGAGUCAAAGUUGUCCACACCUCAAGACAUAUCUAUGGGCAGAUCUAUAUCCCAGAGAUAAACUGGAUCCUUAUGAUCCUUACUCUUGCUAUUACUAUUGGAUUUCGAGACACGACCUUAAUAGGGAAUGCUUAUGGUCUUGCUUGUGUGACAGUUAUGUUCAUCACCACUUGUCUCAUGACACUGGUCAUAGUCUUUGUUUGGCAGAAAAGUGUUCUAAUAGCUGCCCUGUUCCUUCUCUUCUUCGGGUUCAUUGAGGGUGUCUACCUAACUGCGGCAUUCAUGAAGGUUCCUCAGGGUGGAUGGGUCCCUAUUGUGCUCUCAUGCAUCUUCAUGGGUAUUAUGUAUGUCUGGCAUUAUGGGACUUGCAAGAAGUACAACUUCGAUCUGCACAAUAAAGUCUCUCUAAAAUGGUUGCUUGGCCUAGGUCCCAGCCUUGGCAUCGUUCGUGUGCCUGGAAUAGGCCUUAUAUACUCAGAAUUGGCAACGGGUGUUCCUGCAAUCUUUUCUCACUUUGUAACAAAUCUCCCUGCAUUUCAUAACGUGUUAGUUUUUGUUUGUGUAAAAUCGGUUCCAGUCCCCUAUGUCUCACCUGAGGAGCGCUUCCUCAUUGGACGAGUUUGCCCAAGACCAUACCGUAUGUACCGGUGCAUUGUCAGGUAUGGGUACAAGGACAUCCAACGUGAUGAUGGAGACUUUGAGAACCUGCUUGUCCAAAGCAUUGCUGAGUUCAUCCAAAUGGAAGCAGAAGAACCCCAGUUUUCAUCCUCGGAGAGUUCAUCAAUUGAUGGGAGGAUGGCAGUUAUAAGCACUAGAACGAUUCAGUCCAGCUCAACCUUAAUGGCAACUGAGCAAGAGGGCUUAGGUGUGAGCAACUCCUUCCAAAGCAGCAAAUCUUUAAGCCUCCCCGGUUUGCUAUCUGCUUAUGAUGAUGAGAACCCACAGAUUCGGAGGCGCCGAGUGAGGUUCCAGUUGCCACCAAACCCUGGGAUGGAUGCUUCAGUAAGGGAAGAGCUGAUUGACUUGAUCCAAGCCAAGGAGGCGGGGGUUGCUUAUAUAAUGGGUCACUCAUAUGUGAAGGCCAGGAGAUCUUCCUCAUUCUUGAAAAAGAUUGUGAUUGAUAUGGGAUACUCGUUUCUCAGGAAGAACUGCAGGGGCCCAGCUGUCGCGCUUAACAUUCCUCACAUCAGCCUUAUUGAAGUUGGCAUGAUAUAUUACGUGUAGACAUUAGGAGUUAGAUUAGACGCAUUGAUCCUAAUGCGUCUCUCUCUGAAGGGGUGGACUAGAAAUGGCCAUUGCCUUCUAGCGUGGGAGAAGGUAUGCUGGAGGUAAUGCUUGUAAGCACACUCCUUUGUUGCUUCCUUCUUCCAUGUGUACAGAUAAUCUUAAACUCUUAUGACUUCCCUUGAUGAGUUAUUUAGGCUUUCAAUAUCACUUAUGAUCAGAGGAUGGCCGGAAUUCAAUCUUGAUUUUGAGAUAUUGUUUCACUUGAAAUUGUAAAUAAUAUUAGUGAA